CAUGCGCACACGCGGCCAACGGCAGCCGAGCGACCCGCCGUCCGAGCAACGACGCUCCGUGAGGGCUGACACCGAGAGAGGCAUCAACAGCCGCGGGGAUGUAAAUGAGACGGACUCGGGGCUCGGCGGGGCGCGGAGGUUCUCCUGUCCGACGAAUGCCACGGCAAGCGAACGCAGCACCGUGCGCGACAAUAGCUCACGAUUGUAUUAAAAAAAAGAAGCAAUCUGCUCCCGAAUACAGCGCCUGACAUUUAGUCGCGAUCGUUGAUUGAUCGAUCGAUUGAUCUGUUUGUUUGCAAGAGGACUCGCCCGGGCGGAUCGGCCCGCAGCCAGCAUGCCUCCUCCGGCGCAGACCCAGAGCCUCCAAUCCAGCGGACUGACUCUCUCUGAAACCAGCGUGGGCUCCUUCAAGAGGAGAAAGAGGAAAUCCAUAAUAGUGACGGCGAUGCUGCUAAUUGUGUCCGUGCUCAUCCUCAUCUUUGGCCUGGCAGCGACCACCCGGACGCAGAACAUCACGGUGGGCGGAUACUACCCAGGAGUCAUUCUGGGCUUUGGAUCUUUUCUGGGAAUUAUCGGCUCUCAUUUGAUAGACAACAAGAGGCAGAUGCUAGUGGCAUCUAUUGUCUUCAUCAGUUUCGGAGUGGUGGCCGCCUUCUGCUGUGCUAUUGUUGACGGAGUUUUUGCUGCGAGGCACAUUGACCUCCGGCCUCUGUACGCCGGUCGUUGUGAGUAUCACUCCAGUGAGACGGCGUCUGACCGCGACGUUCCCUGUUCCACAACGUCGCGCGCAUCCUGCAACCUGCGUGUGAAGAGCAACACCUGUUACUGCUGCGACCUCUACAACUGCGGGAAAGAACAUCCUCUUAUGGGACCUCAGAAUAAAGAUGUUUUGAAAAAGUUUAGGAAAUCAUCCAUGAUUUGGAACCGUGUAGAGGUGAUUGGAGGCUAUCAUGAAUACACGGACGUGAAGAGCUGCCAGGACGUUGUGCACCUCUAUCACCUGCUGUGGUCCGCGACCAUACUCAACAUCGUGGCCCUCUUCCUGGGCAUCAUCACCGCGGCAGUACUGGGAGGCUUCAAGGACAUGACUCCCUCUACCGCCUCAGAGAGCUCAUCCGAACCAGAGGCCAUCACAGCUCCGGUCCUCACAGCACCUCCUCCACACAACACUUCUCUCAACUCAUAUUACAACACUGCCCCCUGCCUGCCGCCUUACACGGCAUACGACCUGCAGGGCUCCUACACGAUCCCCGACUCGUCCGGCCUCUCAGACGACUCCCAGUCUGGAGCCAGCCACCUGUGGCCCACUAUGAUCCCCCCGCGCUACUCCCCUCCCCACAACCACCCUGAUGAGAAGCCGCCGCCGUACAGCCCCUAAAGACGGCGUCGGGCACAGGAAACACCUGAAAUGCUAUCAGCGUGUUUGUAAGCUGCUGAAUGAGUGGUCUGAAUGCACAACGCCUCCGGGCUUUUCCUCACAAUCGUACGGAACUGCAGUCGGAGGAAAGGUGGUGGUGAGGGGGGACGAUUGGCCACAGAGCACACACUAACUUUGAGUUCAACUUUGAGUGUCACUCACACUCUAGCCUGCACUGUUUGUAUAUAUAUGUGUGUGUGUGUGUGUGUGUGUGUCUCUGCGUGUGCACAUACACAUCGAUCGAGAGAGAGAGAGACAACCAGUUCAAAGCCCGGACUGUUUACACAUCUAUCUGCCUUAAUGCAAAUGGACUUCCAGUGCUGCAGCACCUGGAGCCUGGAGGUAUUCUGUACAAGGUCAUUUCAAAAAGAAAAAAAAACUCUCCUCCAGCUCGUGCUUUACAGUACGUUCACCUCUCUUCAGUACACAAUGUAAAUGCUUCCUGCCUCAAGUGGUACUGAUAAUAACUUCGUAACUGUUUGCACUGUGAGGUUCUGGACCGAGUUAGAUGGAAAGCUUUGGUGUCUUCUACCCCGAAUAAAGAUCAGUUAGAAUUGAUUUUUUUUUAAAAACUGUAGAGUUGUAGGCCCAAGCAGUCAGUUAUUAGUGUCAGUGUGCAUUAUCUGAGGUGACAUUCGUUCACAGUAACGGAGGUGUUACAUGCCCAUAAUGUAUGUAAUCGUAGUAUAAUAAACAGACACUCCUUCAGCAGUUAGGCCUGACGGAUCAUGGUGCCUAUUUAUCAACUCUUCACUUUACGAUUUAAGAAUAGUCUGAUCAGUGUGUGGUGAACUUUGCAGACGCAGUGUCAAUAAGGAGCUAUUCUCCCAACAGGCACUGUUGAGGAAAUACAGUUAACAAUUACACCCUGAACCCCAUUUAUUGUAUUUUACACCAAAAGCUGCGAAGCAGGUAAACACAUGUAUGUCUCUCUCUUUGUAAGUAGCACGAACGUCACGUCAACAAGCUGAGAUGGGUUUUCUUUGUCGGGAAUGAUCUUUCUUUGAAAUGUAUUUUUUUUUAUUUGAGCUUGACGACAUAGAUAUACAUUUAUAACCUGUAUAUUUGAGCAUAUUUACACAUCUUUGUGAGGAAUGAUCCGAGUUGGAACAGUCAGUGCUGGAUUCACUGCUAUGAGAUCAUUAAAGCUCAUUAAAAAGUCAAAGGAGGAGAAGUGUUUGUUUCAAGUGUAAAUUCACUCCCGUGUCCAUGAAACCGGUCUCUGUCAGCUGUAAUCACAGCUUUUUAUAAUUUAAAUCACACAUUCAUUGGGACUGAUAAUUUUAUUUUUUUUUGCCAUUAAAAAGAUGUUUUGUGUGUCAGAUCGUACGUUUAAUAUUUCCAAUUCCACCACUCAAGUCGAGCCGGAAAUAUCUCUUCGGAUGAGUUUUGUGGCCCCAAUUUUGAGGUAGUACAAGACUGCAGUGACACAACACAGUAUAAUAAUUAAAUUGCAGAUGUUUAUAUGCUGGUAGUGCAAGACAGUCGUUUUAAAAUAGUAAAAUAAUUUAUUUACCAUCACAUAAUUCUCAUUGCCAAUUGACAGAAAAUGAACAUUUUGGUAAAUGUCAAAAGAGCCAUGUGUUUAAUAGCUAUUUCAGUUUGUCUAACUUAUAAACCUAAUAAAUAAAUUUGAAACUGUAAAAAAACAAACAAGUUAGCACAAAUAUAAACUUUACAUCACAAAACCCAUGUUAAUCUGUGAAAAAAAAAGGUAAUUCUGCAGGUUUUUAUUGAAUCACGUGAAGUUGAAUAGAAUCCCCUACUUUAUACUCAUACUGACCAAUUUACUACCUUCUGACACAAUGAAAAAAAAAACUGAAUAAAAAAAAGAUUAUACAAAAGAACAUCUUCUGCGUGAUCCAGCACUAAGUGCUAUCUGUGUGGACUGAAAUGAUCCCAAGUUUGUGAACCCAAACUUCACAUUUGGAUGCAAAAUCUUUUUCUCGGUAUGUAGCCGGCAUUAAAAUAUACAGCAUUGAAAUCAUAGGGAAUAAAAAUGUACAUCAAAAUAAAUCUGAUGUUUGAUGGACAUUUUUUUUUAACCCUAAUUGUUCACAAACCAUUACAAAAAAAAAGAAUUAAAAAAAAGCUUCUUCCCUGCCACAUUACCCAGAUGCGGGAUCGCCAACAAUCAUAUAAUGGAAAAAAAUAUUUUCAGAUCAUAUUCUCUUUGUACAGAAUUGGGUCUCAAUACAGACCAGGAAUGAUAAGUGAGACAUUGUGUAUUUUAUAAGGAUCAUAAAUUAAUUAAUUUAUCCUGACCAGAGCAGAAGUCACCUGGAUGCAUAAAUCAUCAACGGAGGUUUCACACGCUCACGUCGGUAACUUAAGUAGGACACUUGAUUUCUAUUUCACUGAAUGGGUCUCAGCCUAAUGUCAUUAACUGAACCGGGAGACGUUGACUAAAUGUUUAAAAAGAAACAAGACGGUUAAAUCUACAUGUUACAUUUCAAAUGCUUUGUGCUUCAGAUCCUUUAAAAGUGUUUCUCCCUGUGUUGUAGUGAUUUUACUGCCAUGGUCGGGCCGCGAAAACUGAAACCUCGGCGCUGCGGCGCCACCCGCUAACACGUCUCUUGAGGUGUCGACUAGUGAUGUGCAGCCUUCACCAUUGAUUUAAUUUUCAAUUAACAGAGCCUGGAAUUUACUUAACAGAAAACCCUGAUUUUUUCCCGUGCACACACAGAAGCAACAGCUAGCGGACCGUGAGGAAAUAUUCUCUGAUUUUCACAAAAUGCGUGUUGCUUUAGAAUCGCUUACUGCCCCUUUAACUAAAGUUUUCUGGCCGAUACAGAAUUUUGAGGCUUUGACUUGUUCAUAUGGUGAACAUUUAAACAUGUCAUUUUUUUUACCUUUUUAUUACAACUAUUCGAGUUAAGCACUUGUUUCUCUUGGGCGGUUUUUGAUUGUUACGCAAAGAUUUUUUUAAUUGUUAAUUUAAACUCCUUUAGUGCCCGUGUCAUUAUCAUUUACUUCAACGAUACCAAAGAUCAAGGCUAUUACAUAAGCAGAGUCACAUCUCGUUACACUUCCUUCACCUGCAGCGAUUCACUCUGCCUUAUUUAUUUUUGACUGAAGCCGGCACGACUUACAAAUGAGCAUCUGUUUCCUGUUUGCACCUUUGAUUAGUUUUGACCAUGUGGACCUGCAUCAUCAUGAUUAGAACAAUAUUUAAAAAAAAUAUUUUACAGAAAGACUACCGUGGCCGAAGCUUAUGCUUUAACUUACUUUGUACUGAAGAAUAUUAUUGACAUGGAACCAAAGAGGAAAUAAUAUGGGGGGGGGGGGGGGCACCUAAAAGGCACAGGUAACUGAGCAUCACGUGCUGCUCAGUAGGUCUCUGG